UGCAGAUGGCAAUAUUUUUAGAGAAUGACACAUUUUUCUCUGUCGUUUCGUGUCUAGUGUCUACGAAUUUGAGAAUCGAAAAUAAAUUUCUAUAAUGGUGGAUCGUUUAGUAAAUAGCGAAGCAAAUGCCAGACGAAUUGCAAUGGUGGAAAACUGCUUCGGCAGUUCCGGUCAGCCUCUGGCAGAACAAGGCAGGGUUUUGGUGGGAGAAGGUGUCUUGACAAAAAUGUGCCGCAAGAAGCCAAAGGCCCGUCAGUUUUUUCUCUUCAAUGACAUCUUGGUGUAUGGCAACAUUGUCAUAAAUAAGAAAAAAUAUAAUAAGCAACAUGUUAUUCCACUGGAGGAAGUCAAGCUGGAGUCUCUUAAAGAUGAAGGGCAAUAUCGUAACGGCUGGUUGAUACGCACUGCAUCUAAAUCAUUCGCGGUGUAUGCGGCAACAGCUACAGAGAAAGAAGAAUGGAUGGCUCACAUAGAGAAAUGCAUAGAAGAUUUAUUAAGGAAAAGUGGUAAGCAGCCGCCAUCUGAACACGCGGCGGUAUGGGUGCCCGACAACGAAGCCGCUAUAUGCAUGCACUGCAAGAAGACACAGUUCACCGUCCUCAACAGAAGACUGCGCGGACAGAGCGACAAGCCGCUGCGCGUCUGCCUGCACUGCUACGACCACCUCACGCGCGACCGCACGCGUCUGCCGCCGCCCGCGACCACACCCACAGUGAAAUCGCUGGAUGCGGCAGGGUCGGGCGGAGACUCCUCUGCGGACGACGACAGCGCCGCAGACCACAGCCACGACGAGCCGAAAUUCUACGGUGACGGCGAAAAGACUGAAGAGACCAACAAUCAUUCGUCCAAGGAAACAAAGUGAACGAGACCGAAUGAACGACAUACUUCAUAAGGUUCAUAAAUACAUGUAUUAAAUACAUUUCCUUAUGUAAAACCAUCAUACUGCAUCUUGACCAAUUAUUAUGCAAUUGUAAACUAUAUUUUUACUAGAUAAUCGCUUUUCACAAAUAUAAAAAUAAUAAUUUUGCUGAAAUUACCAAUAUUUAGUUGCAAGAUAGGAAACUGUUUUCGAAGAAUUUGUAACUUAUUUUCUUUAUAUUCUAAAAUAAGCUCUAACAUAUAUAAAGGAAGAUUUUAUUUUUUGACAAAUAUUAAUAGUGAGGUGAAUAUUGCAAUAUAAUUAUUCAAAAUGUAGUGAAAAGGGUCCAAUGUAGUCAGUUUAUAAACGGUCUCGAAAAUAAAUCACCAAUAUGGUCUUCAAUAUACAUUAGAAAUACAAAACUCUAUGGUCUAUUCUUUUUAAGUGAAUUUAUGGUAAAACCCUGUCCAGCCAACAAUCAGAGGGAACUCUCUAGAAUGAACAGACCAUAGACAAGUUCAGUGAUAAAGGUUUUUUUUUCGUAAGUUCUUAUAUUAAAGUUUUGUUCGGGACAGCUUUAAACACGCUCAAAUAUGUCGUCGGGCAAACGAUACUGCAAUUGUGGGUUUCCACUGCUGAAACAUUUACAAAAAUAAAAAAAAAAAA